UGGCAACAGUCACCCGAUCGAUACCGUCGCAAAAAUGUAAAGACAGAAAUCCGAUGUCGAUGGAAGCGGAGAACGAGAGGAACGUCUUUGCGUUGUUCCCCGAUACUGUCUCAUUCGCGGAAUUUAUGAGAAAUGAUGACGACGAUGAGGGAAUGAAUGAAUGAAUGAAUGAAUGAGAUCACCCAACUCUCGUUGUCGGAAACCCUGCCCCGGUUGGAGACAUGAAUGGGAAUUCGAUUCGAUUCGGGAGCCAUGUUUGUGUCAGUUACUCGCGGCACAACCCGGGCAUGGUUGCAAAGUAUCCUUGGGCUAUUUAUCCUAACCGAUCAUAUGGAUUCCCAAUAGCCCAAGUGUUUGACAACAUACAAGUAGAGUAGUAGAUCAAUAGGCCAUGCGAGUUUUCGGAAAGUCAGAACCUCGCAAAGUGGUUUCUAUAAUAACGCAUUGAGUGUUGGUCUAGAUCUUUUUUUAACAUUUCAAUGUAUUAUCAAAUUGAUGCUACUUAAUAGAAUUUAAGUUACAUGGAUUAAGGUCUUCAUUAAGAAACACAUUAAGAAUCAUUAGUGAGACUUUUUCGAAAAAUUUAUCUUUCUCGAAUAAUUUAAUUGUCUAAUGAUUUUCCCUUAGGCAUUUUCAGUUAAUAUCUCUGACAAAAAAGAGAAAGUUAUGAUUUAAUUAUUUCUCAUUGUAUAAAAUCAAUAAUUGUUUUAAAAAAACCUAAAUAAUGCAAUUUUCGAUGGAUGUGACAAUCAAUCGAAAUGCGCUAUCCUCUGAUCAUGUUUGAUAGGCGGCUAAUCAUUUAGAAAAUUCAUAGAAGUGAACAUAUAAAUUAGAUAUAAGUGACGACUAAGUACACCAUGAGAAGAGUUGUGUGUUGUGUUAUGAAUAAAUGAACCGAUAUUUGGCAUUCAAUGGUAAUUUCGUUGAUGAAGGCCUCCAGAUAUCUGUGGAAUGAUUGACGAAUAUAUUUUGAUUUUGUUUCAAACUCAUCAAGUCUAUGCGACGUAGAAGGUGAGGUUAGAAUGACAACGUUUUGUGAAUACUGGAAGAAAGGAAUGAAAUAAUUAAUAAUGGCAAGUGUCAAAUAUUGACGAAAUGAUAUGAAUAUAAUUUAUGGAUAUAAUGAAAUUGUGAUAAGUAUGAGAAUAGGUAUUAAUGGCUUGACUGUCAAGUCAACUCGUACUUGAGAUGGAAGUAACAAAAUCCAUACUGAAGGAAAAGUUUCGCAAAUGAUGAAGAGAAUAAUUACUAAUGACAAGUUUGAAAUAACGUUAGAUAUUUGUGAAAUGCCUUGGAAUUUGACUUUGACUUCCUUUCAUGAUAUGCGUCAUUGUGGAAAUGCUCAUUAACGCUCAUUGACCCUACAUAAGGUUCAUCGUACCCUGAUAAAGUAUCAUCAUAUCGGAUUUCUGCUUCAAUAAAUAGAUAAGAAUCUUUACGACCUUAACUAUUAAAUCAAUCAAUAUGGGGACAGUCCAUAAUGUAAAAGCCAUAAAUUACAAAUCAAAUAAAAAAUUUCGUCAUCUCUUGGUUAUUAGUGGUUGAAUUAUCAUGAAAACAAAAUCACUUCCGGCUGUUCUGCCUAUAAAUUAAGGUGUUCAAACCAUAUGUCUUAUUAUCGUGCGUUACAUCCAUACCGGAGAAAGACCAAUUAAUUAUCAUGCGGACCUUCGUGCUUCUCUGCCUCCUUUUCUCAGUCUUACAGAUAGUGUUUUCCGCUGCUGUGUCUCGUCACUCCUAUAUGAACAUAACUGUUGAGAUACAACAACGCAUUGCCAAUACAUCUACCGAUAUUCUCGCCGCUGAUGGCCAAGUUCGCCAAAUUGUUGACUCUUUCAAUGGCAACAUCAGCAGUGUUCAGUUGAAUUAUGGCCCGGAGAUGCACCGCCACUUUCAGCAAAAGUAUGGGCCUAAACGCACCGCAUUUGCCGAAAAUCCGAAAUUCUCUAAGGACUGUCAGCAAUAUAUCUCGGAUCUCCUUGAAAUGAGUGAACAACAUCAGAAAGAAAUGUCACAAUAUACAGAGAAAGCGAAAGAAUUAUUCAACGAGUACUUCGGGUACUUCACUAGUAGGCUUGAUCUCGCUCAAACGAUUCUAUCAGAUAUGCAGAAGAAAACUUUAAAUUGUAGUACUCUCUCGAGUAAAGACAACGCAACAGCCCCGUACAAUUGUGCCGUUCACAAUUUAGAGGUGCUGAAAAUUCUCCAACAUGAUCUAAGCGAUAUUAUUACAUCUGAAGUGGAGAGGUUGGAUGGAGCUAAAGAGAGAGCAUUGACCCACUUGCAUGCCUCUAUUAACGACAGACUUAUUCCAUUAUUCUAUAACGAGAAAGGAAUAGACGGGUGGCUGAAGACAUAUUGCUCUAUUGGAAAAGAAGCUGGCGAGCAACAGUCCCAGAUUGACCCAGAGUGUGUAGAAUGAUGUAACAUGACGAAAGUAUGAUCUAUAAUGAAAAAUACUAAAUGUUUUUUUCUUUAUUUUUGCAUGAAAAAUAAAAAGAGGAAAAGCAAUUUCCCUAU